AUGGCGGAGAAGCUGAACAGCAUCCUCAACAACUACGUCGCCGAAGGCACCGCAACCAAGGACAAGCUGCCUGGCGCGGCCUUUGUUGUCGUCAACAAAGAUGGACCCAUCUACCGGGGCAGCGCAGGCCGCACCCGCCUCUCAUCCGACUCCCCUCACUUCACACCCUCCUCCAUCACCUGGAUCGCCUCCAUGACCAAGCUCCUCACAGCAACCACCAUCAUGCACCUCGUCGAGCACCGCCCGGACCUCGUAACCCUCGACACCGACCUCCGCCCUCUCGUCCCCGAACUCGCCAACCUGCAAAUCAUCACGGGCUUCAAGGCCCCUGAAUCCGAUGGCGGGGAGGGUGAACCCAUCCUAGUCCCCAAUACCCGCCCCAUCACUCUCCGCCACUUGCUCACCCACACCUCGGGUUUCGGCGUCGAUAUUGCCGACCCGGACCUGAUCCGCUGGUCGAAGUAUGUCGGGCGCAAGGCAGACCAGAACAGCUUAAGCUGUACCCUCGAAGGGUGGACAACGCCGCUCAAGUUUGCGCCCGGGGACGGGUGGUAUUAUGGGUCUGGUCCGGACUGGGCCGGGCUGGUGCUCGAGAGGUUGACGGGGAAGAGGCUCGGGGAGUAUAUGGAGGAGUUUUUGUUUAGGCCGUUGGGGGUCAGGGAUACGGGGUUCUUUGUGAAUAGGCUGCUUCCGGAGGGUGGUAAGGAUAGGGAGGAGAGGUAUGUGCCUGUUGCGGAGAGGGAUGCCGAGUCCGGGGAGUGGAGGGAGGGGACAGUGCCGUUCCCCGCGGAGCCGCCUUGUGAGAGUGGUGGUGGGGGGCUGUACUCGAGUGCGGUGGACUAUGGGAAGGUUAUGCAGAUGCUGUUGGGUGCGUUAGCCGGGGAGGAGAGUGGCGUGGUGGGGGGUGAACUGGUGAGGGAGAUGUUUAGCCCACAGUUGGUGGAGAAGCAAAGGGAUUGGUUAAGGGCGAUUAUCUGGGCGUAUGGGUCGGGCGCCGAGUUGCCGCAGGGCUCGCCGGUCGAUUUUGGCAUCGGGGGCCUCUUGAACACAGCCGAUGUGGAAGGAAAGCGGAGGAAGGGCAGCGUGAUGUGGUCAGGGGCUGGCAAUGCGCGAUGGUGGAUCGAUCCUGAGACAGGCAUUGGCGCAGCCCUGUUUGUCAAUGCUGCCCCGUAUGGCGACCCGACUGUGCUUAAGAUGUACGACGAGCUGGAGAGGACAGUAUAUGGGGAGCUUCUCCCGGCGUGGCAGGCAUCCAAGUAG